AGGCUGAUUUUGAAUAACAAUCUUUUAAAAUUACUGAUAUUUACAAAGAAAUCAACGUGACAAUGGCAGAACCACUUCCCAUGCGCAUCAAUUGGAAUCCUGAUUUGAAACACAACCAAAUGGAGCGCUGGAUAUGCAUUUACCCCGCCUAUAUCAAUAGCAAGAAGACUCGCCAGGAAGGUCGUCGGCUACCCAAGGAGAACUGCGUCGAGAAUCCACACUACCACGAGAUGCGAGAUGUUCUGUCGGUGACCAACAUGCACUUUCUGGUGGAGACACUUAAAUAUCCCCGCGAAAUCAGCAAGGAGCCGCAAUUCCGCGGUCGGAUUCGCGUCCAACUCCGCAAUGCCGAUGGCACGUUGUGCAGCAAAGACUUUCCCUCGCGAGAAUCUAUCAUGCAGUACAUUGCCGGUAAAAUACCCCAGCUGAAGACGCGCCAGAACAAGUCGGCGGAUUCUUUCCAUCAGCCCCAACUGCAGUCAAGCGGCUCUGGAGCUAGCGGCGGCGGGAGUGGUGGUGGUGGUGGCGGCGGCAAGAAGGGCAAAGGCAAGCGCCGCUGAUGAUUUCAAUCAUGUUUUAAAUGACAUUUGUUUAGUUGGUUUCUUUUGUAAUAAAUUCUGUAAACAGAAA